UUUUUCUCUGUUUACCCUCUGUUGAAAAUGAAAAGAAAAGAAUUAUUUUAUAAUUGUAUCUCAUUAAUCUCGUCUGUUGUUGCAUAAAAUAGAAAUAUUAUUUCCUUUCAAAGAUAAAAAUAAAAAUAGAACGUUUGUAACAAUGCAUAAAUCUAUAAAAUAUUAAUAAAUGAAUAAACGCAAACCCAGCAUUUGAACUAAAGUGAAAACUUCAAUUAAAAUUUAAUAAAUUGCUAAACAAAGGACUUUGUUGUCUGAAUUUGGAACAUACAUAAUUUAUGUUUUUCGCAUUAUCAUUCUAAUAAAUCACUCGAUCCCGUUUUUGAGGAAUAAAAUAUUUAUUUCGCCAAAUAAACAAAAAUAAUAUUACAAAGUUAAUUUCUAGAACCAGAAGAAUAAACAAAGUUAAAAAAAAUGGGUCGUAUUUUCUUGGAACACUUAGGAGGCCACAAAUUGUUCAACUGCGGUCAGUGCAACGCUAAUUUAACCAACAAAACCCAAUUAAUAAGCACAAGAUUCACUGGAGCCACAGGAAGAGCCUAUCUCUUUAAGAGAGUGGUCAAUUUGACUUUUAGCCACGUCCAAGAACGUGUCAUGUUAACUGGACGACAUAUGGUCCGUGAUGUAAUGUGCAAGAACUGCGCUCAUAAAUUGGGCUGGAUGUACGAAUUUGCAACUGAUAAUUCUCAAAAAUACAAAGAAGGUCGAGUUAUCUUGGAAUACGCCUUGAUAACAGAGUCUGAAGGUAUUCCAUCAGACGCUGGAAUCAGAGACUAGCUGCCCAACUUUUAAUAAUUUGACAAAUUACAUAUUUUGUUGCUUUUUCAUAGUUUUUCGUACUUUAAUGAUACAAAAUAACUUUUUUAAUUAUGUAGAUUUUAUUUUGUCUUUUGAAAUAAAACUAACACUUUAUUUUAUCAUU